AUCGGGAGGUAUGGUCAAUAUUAAAGUAGGGCGCGUAGGGCGCGAGAUGAUGGGCGAUGAGAAGUGGGGGCAGCUACGGUGAUGCAUCGGAUCUAAGACUCAAUAUGCUUGCCCAUCUGAUACUGUACCCCUCAUUUCACAACACAGAUCCUCCUGCCACAAACAUUCAGUCAUGUCUCGAUCUCAGAACACCACUGUCUUCACCAAUGGUCGCUUCUUCAACAGCGGCGCAACACAGUCCGAAGCACAGUUCCACACGACGUUAGCCGUUCAAGAUGGCAAGAUUAGCUUCAUCGGAAGCUCACAGGGCUCCGAAAUCCAAGAGCUUUGCAAUGCCGGUGCCAAAGUGAGCGAUCUUGGCGGAAAACAUGUUUUUCCUGGAUUCAUCGAUUCUCACAUGCAUUUCCUUAUGCUUGGCCAAUCGCUGCACAAAGUGGACCUGGAUCAUGCGAAGGAUCUCGAGGAGAUCCGAGCCCGCAUCUUGAAGUACGCGAAAGCGAAUCCGGACAAACCGCGCAUAAUGUGCAAAGGCUGGAUGCACUCGAUGACCAACGGCGAGGCUAAAGCGAGCAUGUUGGACGACCUAGAUCCCAGACCGAUCUACAUAGAUUCGAAGGACAUUCAUUCGUGCUGGUGUAACAGUGCAGCGCUGAAAGAGAUGGGUGUUCAAGAGAUGGAGACGCCGGCUGGUGGCACGAUCGAGAGAGAUCUCAACGGCAACGCGUCGGGCCUUUUGAGCGAAGCAUGUGUCUUACUUAUCGUUUGGCCGUGGCUUGCACAGGUUACACCACUCGAUGAGAAAAUGGCGGCCUUGCGGACUGCGAUUAAGGCGUAUCAUGCGGUUGGUUGUACAGGAUGCAUCGACAUGGCGAUGGAUGAGAGUGCCUGGGAAGCUAUUCUUGCUCUACGAUCUGCGGAAGGGUUGCCAAUGCGAGUGGCUGCGCAUUGGUGCAUCAUGCCUGGCGAUGGCGAGGAACAUCGGCUGCGACAGGUUGAGCGCGCUAUCAAACUAAGCCAGGAGUUUAACAAGAACACCAGCCCUGAUCUGAGAAUCGUUGGCAUAAAGGUCAUCUGUGAUGGAGUCAUUGAUGCGUGUACUGCAGCGCUGGCAGAACCGUAUACCUCGAACGGGCAUUUUGAAGGUCCAAUCUGGACACCAGAGAUGCUCGAUCCCGUUGUCAAGAAGGCGAUCGAAGGCGGACUGCAAUGUGCCCUGCAUGCGAUAGGUGACCAGGCGGUCCACAAUGCUGUCAAUGUGCUCGAAAAAUAUGGAAAACAAGACCAGAGGCACCGUAUCGAGCAUCUCGAACUUACCGCACCGGAAGACGCGAAGCGACUUGGUCAGCUCGGCAUAACAGCAAGUAUUCAACCAGUCCACUCAGACCCUGCUAUCCUCCGUGCGUGGCCGAAGCUUCUUGGUCCAGAACGCGUGAAGCGAGCGUUUGCGUACUCUGACUUCUCGGAUCACGGUGCGACACUUGCCAUCGGCUCAGACACACCUACCGCGCCCUAUGCGCCGCUGCCAAAUCUGUAUGUCGCUACCACUCGCAAGUCAGCGAGGCAGCCAGAUGCUGGAGACGCGCCUGUCAAUGAGAAUUUCCGCCUUGAGUUGACGCAAGCGGUGACUGCUGUGACUAGGGGCGCAGCGUAUUCUUCGUUCGCAGAUGAUCGCGUAGGUAGUUUGGAGGUCGGAAAGAUGGCAGACUUUUGCGUCAUAGACAUGGAGUGGAAGGGCGAAGAGUUGCUCAAGGCCAAGAUUCUGGAAACAUGGUUUGAGGGAAAGCAGGUGUACAAAGCUUGAGUCUUGAUCUACUGGGGUAGAAAGCUUCCUGCAGAUGUAUAGGCUUGAGAUGCGAAACCGCCGAUGGUGCCUGCUGUGUCAACCACAUCGAGACGUCGUCGUGACCCACCUGCACGUGGUACUAGGUGAUUGCAUCACAUACACCAAACAACACUAUCAACUGCACUCUACCCAACACCAACGAGACAAUGCUGAGGAAAGACUUGGCUAAAGACCAGUGUGUCAGUAGAUUUUACCGCUCGAUGACCAACCACAUCUGGAGACUCUCUGGUAAGCCCCGGUAAUGACUAAGAAGGCUUCAAAAACAGCCUCGCGGAAGCCUCCUCCAUGCACCGCAUGUG